AUGAGUGGAGGACCGGUUCCUGUCUGGAAGAAAUAUACUACAGGAUCAAAGGGCAUCUGGGAAAAGAUUCGAAGAUUGCUUGUGGCAGUGCCAAAUAGAUCUUCAGGUAACCCCUAUGUUCCUUACUAUAGAGUUCCUUCUCCAGGUUCCAACCCAAACAUCUACAAAGAUGCAAGGACAGUUCCUGCGGGAGAUAUUGUUAACAAUGAUUACUUGAAGAGAGAUACUAGAAGAGCUUAUCCGCGUAUAUCCACAUUUACACAGGCCAGGAUUGGAGGCUUGUUAACGGUGGGAAGUGAGGCCCAUUCGAGGCUUCAAAAGGGUGAGGAAGGCGUGAAGCAAUUGGCGGUUGUCGAUAAAAACACCAUUCAGCUAGUAGAUAUUUUGAAUGCGGCUCCGAAAAUUAUUAUUAAUGGAGAAGUAUUGGGCAAAUCCGGAGAACCCGUCGUUGCUCCGAAUCUCAACAAGCAGUUUAAACUGCGAAUUCUGACUGAGGAAGAAAGUGGUAUGUAUAGUGAUGAAUACCCAGUCAGAAUGUUUACCAUCGCCAAAUAA